AAAGUUGCGAUAUCUUCUAAAAAGAAAAAUCGAAUGACAUCACUUGAAAACUUUACAUCCAAGUUAACAGCACUUGUUGUAGAUGACACUGAUCUCAUUCGAAAAAUUCAUCAAAAAAUGUUGAAUAGUUUAGGAGUGAAAAGUGAAGGUGCGAAAAAUGGAAAAGAAGCACUUGAAAUUCAUAGCUAUGGCAAAAAAUUUGACCUAAUUCUCAUGGAUAAAGAUAUGCCUAUCAUGAAUGGCCUUGAGGCAACAAAGGAACUUCGUGCAAGGGGAAUUUGUAGCACUAUUGUUGGAGUGUCAUCACAUUCAAUGGAAGAGGAAAUAGUCAAGUUUAUGGAAGCGGGACUAGAUGAGUAUCAAGAGAAGCCUUUGAACAAAGUGAAACUUAGUUCUAUUCUUGACAAGAUCAAACACAAUCUCAUGUCCAAUUGAAAAUCCAACCCUACUAUGUGAUGGAUGCAAGUAAUUGAAGAAUAUGUAGUAUUUGUAUUUCUUUCCAAUUUCCUUGUAUUCUUUUUCAUUUGAAUCGUUUUGUAGCUCUAUGUUUUUAAGAAAUAAAUUAUUCUAUCUUUUUUA